AUGAGUGAAUCAGGCCAUAUCGAUCCACCGGCAGAGACACAGGCUCAGGCUCAGGCACAGCUCGAGCAGGAGGGCGAGGAGGAACUCAUAGAGGCCGACAUCUUCUCAGACAGCGGAUAUGACGAGCAGAGCGUGCGGAGCAGUCUUGAAUCCGUCAAUUCCUCGACGUUCGACUUUCAUUACGAACAUGGUCACAGGUACCACCGAGAUGGGCAGAGUCUACUCCCGAACGAUGAGACAGAACAGGAUCGUUUAGACUUGCAGCACCAUAUCUUCAAGCUAGUUCUCAAUGGGGAGUUGACCCGCACGAAACUCCCGCCUACGACGGGGAAAGUUCUGGAUAUUGGAACGGGCACGGGAAUAUGGGCCAUUGAAUUGGGAGACAGUCUUCCCGGCGCAACAAUCAUUGGCGUCGAUCAGUCGCCCAUACAACCACAAUGGCUGCCGCCGAACGUUUCGUUUGAAAUUGAUGAUGUGAAUAAACCUUGGCUGCAGGGCGAGAGGUCGUUUGACUUUGUGUAUAUCCGCACGAUGGCGGGGUCGAUAACAAGCUGGCCCAAUCUCCUGCGAGAAGCCUACAAAGUCCUCAAACCCGGCGGCACCGUCGAGUUCGUCGAGUUCGGCCUCCGCUGGGAAUGCAUGGACGGGACCUUCAACCCCCACGGCAACUGCGCCAACUGGACCGACUCCUUCCACCGGAUCGCGACCGAAGUCCUCGGCAUGGAUUUCGAUCCGAUCCCCAAAAUGCAGAACUGGCUCGAGGAGGCGGGGUUCGAGGACGUGAAGGUCGCGGAUGAGAUCGUGCCGAUCGGGCCGUGGCCGAGGGAUAGGAGGCUCAAGGAGAUUGGGAGGUACUUUUUGAGUAAUAUGUUGGAGGGGGGCGUGGAGAAUUAUACGUUGAUGCUGUUUACGAGGGCGGGGUGGAAUGAGACGAGUGUUAGGGCGAUGUUGGGGGGUGUGAGGAGGGAGUUGCUGGAUCCGGGGAUUCAUGCUUUUACUCGGGCCUGGUUCGUUACGGGUACGAGACCGCUUGGUCCUUUGAAGCCUUGCAGUUAUGUCGAUGAUUGA